GCCAGGGAUCUGCCUGCCCAAGCAGCGAGGAACCCACUGAUCUGCAGCUCGGCGAUUCCCUGGCUGUAAUUUAGCAGCAUUCAUUUCCCUCACGCAGAUGGAUUUACCAAAAGGUGAAGAGCCCUUAAAACUGCACCGAAUGGGUUUCAUUGCCUGCGCCCGGCGCAUCCCCCACGCCAAAGGCACUGAGCACCGCACCUCUCCCAUGCUCCCGUGGAUCCCUGCGUUCUGCUGCUGACCCCAGAGCCCUCCCGCUGACCACCAUGGAGCUCCCAGCUCACAACCAGAAGAAGGUCUCCACCCCUCCCAGCACGAAGGCAGCAGAAAUCCUUAACUCCGAGUUAAAUGUUGCCGUGAAGAACAGGGAUAAAAAAGCUGUGCUGGAGCUGCUGGAGCAAGGGGCAGAUGUGAAUUCCAAGGUAAACAGCGGCUGGACACCCCUGCAGACCGCAGUGCAGGCCGGGCAGGAGGACCUGGUCCGGCUUCUGCUGGACAGGGGAGCUUCUCUGCAUGCCAGGAAGGACAAUGGUGGCACUGCAUUUACUGAGGCAGGGAUAGUAGGGAACGUGGAGAUCCUGCAGCUCCUCCUGGAGCGUGGCUCAGACAUUAAUGACCACGACAUCAAUGGCUUCACAGCUUUCAUGGAGGCUGCGUGGUACGGGAAGGAAGAAGCCUUGAGAUUCCUGUACAGCAGAGGAGCGGAGGUGAAUUUGAGGAGGGAGACCAGCGAGGAGAAAGCCAAGCUGCACAAAGGAGGUGCCACAGCGCUGAUGGACGCUUGCAGGGAGUGCCACUUCUCGGCUGUGAAAAUCCUGGUCCAGGAGAUGAGGGCUGACGUGAACAUCCGUGACAACAGAGACAGGAACGCCUUGAUCCACGCCCUAAAGAAGGUCUCAAGCAAAGAAAGGUAUGAUUCAGCUGUGUCCAUAGUCCAUUUCCUGCUGGAGCACGGUGUGGAUGUGAAGAGCAAAGAUGAAUGUGGGAAAUCUGCCCUCAUCCUGGCUGUUGAAAUGGAGAGCCCGGAGCUGGUGGCAGCUUUUUUGGAGAAGGAUGAGAUCGACAUUGAUGACGCGGAUGAGGAGGGCAACACAGCCCUGAUGGUGGCUGUGGAGAAAGGCAAUUGCAAAAUAGCAAAGUUGUUGUGUGAAAAGGGAGCGAGGACUGAUCGUGGGAACCUGCUUGAAGUUGCAAGGAGAAAUCGUUCUCUUGACAUGGAAAACCUUCUUCGCGAGCACAGGGCCACGUUUGUUCCGGAAACCCCCAGAGCGUGGGAGCCGAACAGCAAACGCUGGAGGGCCCAGCUGAAAAAACUUGAUCAAAUGUAUCGCCCCAUGAUUGGCAAACUGAAGACAUUUCCGUACAUCCAGCAGAAAAUUCAGGAUGACAUCUACCUCGGGCUCCACGGAGGGACAGAGGUGGCAGUGAGAAUAACCCUCAGCGCAGAGGGUAACAAAGAGAAAGAGUUCUUGGAAGAAUGUUCUCACUGCGAGCAUCUACUGAAGCUCUUCCAGUCUGAGAAGGAAAAAGGCUGCAUGUACUUGUGCUUCCCACUCUGGGAGAAAAACCUCCAGGAACACCUGCAGGACCCUGAAGGCCAGAAGGAUUACAAAGCUGCUCUGAAGAUGAUCUUCCGGGCACUGAGAGAGCUGCACUCCCUCAAAUUUGCUCACCAGGAUCUACAGCCCGGGAAUUUCGUAAUAGAUUUAGCUGGCAAAAUCUACUUGGCGGACUUUGGUAAUACAAGAAGGUCGAUUGAAGGCCAAGAGGAACUCAUAAACUCAGAUUUAGAGGCCCUGGGCACGCUCGUGCUGUACGUUUUAACAGGGGGUAGGAAACCCCUCCAGCAAGUUGGGAUCAAGGAUUUGGCUCGCAAUUCCCCAGAUUACAUGGAGGCUCUGGACCUUGUACAAAGCCUGUCCUCUCGUGAUGAACGAGGCUUGGAAGGGUUGAGCAAGCAUCCCUAUUUCUGGAACAAUCAGAGCAGGUUCAACUUCCUGAAGGCUAUAUGGAAUGCAAUCAAAGAUUACCGAAACCGAGAAAGUAUUUUUCAAAACCCUAAUGUCACUAGGAAAACUUUUCCUUAUCCACAGUGGACCAAAAUGAUUGACAAAGAUAUUUUACUCGUCAUGGAAAACCCUAGGAAUGCAAAACAAUACAAAUACAAAAACUAUGUCACCGACCUCCUGAGGCUCAUGAGAAACAUGGAUGAACACAAAGAUGAAGGGAUCAGCAACAAAAUAGGAGACUAUGCUGAGUAUUUCCUGAAGGUUUUUCCAAAACUUACCAUCUAUGUGUACAACAGUUUACGCCAGAAUCCCACGUGGAGUCGCUUAGCAGACUUCCAGGACCCUUCUCUGUAGGAUGUCACUGCCCUCCU